AGGAGACGCCAUUUUCGGCGGCGGAAGCGGAGCGGGCGGCGGAACCGGCUGCGAGGAGUGGAAUUGCAGACUGCGCUCGGCGCCUGCAGGGACAGCGUGCGGGCCAGCGAGGAUGCUGCGGGGCGGCAGCGGCCGCGUCAGCAUCCCUCGCUUGUGACCUCGGCGCUGCGCCUGAAACGGCUGAGGCGGCGGGCCCGGCAGCAUUCCCUCAGAGCAUCACUCCUCCGCGCACGCGUCCGGCGGCUCCUCAGCGCGCAGCACCGCCGCGUCCUGCCCGCGCGUGGCGAGCGCGGCCCCCGCAGGAGCAGGACGGAUGUAUGACAACAUGUCCACAAUGGUGUAUAUAAAGGAAGACAAGCUGGAGAAGCUUACACAGGAUGAAAUUAUUUCUAAGACAAAGCAAGUAAUUCAGGGGCUGGAGGCUCUGAAGAAUGAGCAUAAUUCCAUUUUACAAAGUUUACUUGAGACACUGAAGUGUUUGAAGAAAGAUGAUGAAAGUAACCUGGUGGAAGAAAAAUCCAACAUGAUCCGCAAGUCACUGGAAAUGCUGGAGCUUGGCCUGAGCGAGGCACAGGUGAUGAUGGCUCUGUCCAAUCACCUGAAUGCUGUGGAGUCAGAGAAGCAGAAGCUGCGCGCCCAGGUCCGCCGUCUGUGCCAGGAGAACCAGUGGCUGCGGGACGAGCUGGCCAACACCCAGCAGAAAUUGCAGAAGAGUGAGCAGUCCGUGGCCCAGCUGGAGGAAGAGAAGAAACAUCUGGAAUUCAUGAAUCAGUUAAAAAAAUACGAUGAUGACAUCUCUCCAUCCGAGGACAGGGACGCUGAUGCAGCCAAAGAACCUCUGGAUGACCUCUUCCCGAAUGACGAGGAUGACCCCGGCCAAGGCAUUCAGCAGCAGCACAGCAGCGCAGCGGCUGCCGCCCAGCAGGGCGGCUACGAGAUCCCGGCGCGGCUGCGCACCCUGCACAACCUCGUCAUCCAGUACGCGUCGCAGGGCCGCUACGAAGUCGCCGUGCCGCUCUGCAAGCAGGCCCUGGAGGAUCUGGAGAAGACCUCUGGGCACGACCACCCAGACGUGGCCACGAUGCUGAACAUCCUGGCCCUGGUGUACAGGGAUCAGAACAAAUACAAAGAUGCAGCCAAUCUACUGAAUGACGCCUUGGCUAUCCGUGAAAAGACUUUGGGCAGAGAUCACCCUGCGGUGGCGGCGACCCUGAACAAUCUUGCAGUGCUCUACGGGAAAAGAGGGAAGUACAAGGAGGCCGAGCCGCUGUGCAAAAGGGCCCUGGAGAUCAGAGAAAAGGUUCUGGGAAAGGAUCACCCAGAUGUUGCCAAGCAGUUAAAUAACCUGGCCUUGCUGUGCCAGAACCAGGGCAAGUACGAAGAGGUGGAGUACUACUACCAGCGGGCCCUGGAGAUCUACCAGACCAAACUGGGGCCUGAUGACCCCAACGUGGCCAAAACGAAGAACAACCUGGCAUCCUGCUAUCUGAAACAAGGCAAAUUCAAGCAAGCAGAAACACUGUACAAAGAGAUUCUCACUCGUGCGCACGAAAGGGAGUUUGGCUCUGUAGACGAUGAAAAUAAACCCAUUUGGAUGCAUGCUGAAGAGAGAGAAGAAUGCAAAGGCAAGCAGAAGGACGGGACAUCUUUCGGCGAGUAUGGUGGUUGGUACAAAGCCUGCAAAGUUGACAGUCCAACUGUCACAACAACACUGAAAAACCUUGGUGCACUCUACAGACGCCAGGGCAAGUUUGAGGCUGCGGAGACCUUGGAGGGAGCCGCCAUGAGGUCACGCAAACAGGGUCUUGACACUGCACACAAGCAGAGAGUGGCUGAAGUGCUCAAUGACCCUGAGAGUUCAGAGAAGCGGCGCAGCCGGGAGAGCCUCAGCACGGACGUGGUCAAGUACGAGAGUGGCCCCGACGGUGGCGAGGAAGUGAGUAUGAGCGUAGAGUGGAACGGGGUAAGUACAGUCCACAGUCGGCGCGGGGCGGGUGAGGGCUCUGCCUCUCACCAGGGGCACACUGCACCUGUGAGGCUCCAGCCAGCACGAGCCUGGUCCUGUUGAAGAGGUCACUUCUCUCUUGUAGGAACCGAUGGAAGCUGUUUGGCUUCACUUUGACCACUUAACAUGCUGAUUGAGUGUCCUGGUUAUUGAAAGCAUAAUCCGUAUCUGGCUCUAUUUUAAUACUCGGAUUAGCGUGCCAAAUAACUAACUUGCUUUUUUAACUUAACCCAUCUCAUUGCUAACUUCAGUACUCCUAAUUUCGCUGACCAGACUGCUGUAGGUUUUGUUAGAAUUAGUUAAAAUGCCUUCAAGGGGAAUGAUGUUUAAACUAGAGUGUUUUUUAAAAUAGCUUAAGAGCAGAAAUGUUAGGUGGCAGCUUUUCUUUAGGUCCCACCUGUCCUGGAGAUCAUACGUCCCUGAGAGUGGGGUCCAGUGACCAUCGCUCUUCCCAGUCACCUGCUGCGGCUUACCAGCCUGGACACAUGGCUGUGUUUGCAGCAUGUCAGACCUUCUGAGGGCUGGCAGGCCCUCCUUCUGCUCUCGCCGUUUGGCCUCUGGAGAGCAUUUGGCCUCUGCACGUCUCUUUCUAGUGUGUUUUUGUAACACACGGAUAAUUUUUAGUGCACAUAAGUCUGGUGCCUUUGGAGUUUGCUUUAUCAGAGAGGGUAGGACGCAGGCUUAGUUUGGGUGCAGCCAGGUGCACUGCCUAUGUUUUCCAAGUGGCAGGACUUGAGAUUGAUUGAUUGUAACUGUGCGGAUGUCUUGCUAGAUAGUAGUUGGGGGCUUUCUUAUAAUCUAACUACCUUACUGUUUGAACCUAUUUAUUCCUUAGGAUUUUUUAUAGCUGUAGCAGAUUGGUGAGAAUUAGCAUUCUAAAUAAACAUUUUGUAAAAAAAUGUUAAUGGCCAAAACUUCUGGGAGAAGCUUCUUUUGACUGUCUUAUCUGGCAGCGUCCUUGGCUCUGGUUUUCUCUGUGCCAAGACAACCAAUCAGCAUCUGUUCUGACCAUUAGCCCUGUUGGGCAGUAGUCACAGUAAAGCGAUGGUUUAGCUCUUCCUGUUGGCCCAUCUUAGAACUGUGUACUGUACUCGUCCCUGGGCUGCUGUCUGCCGCAUGCUUGGUUCUAGGGGCAAGUCCUUCUCCAGCCGCUCGAGGCAGCCUGCAGAUUGUGACUCUUGAGGGCGUUCUGCAGGAACCUUCUUGAGACAGUAUUUCUAGGUCAGCAUUUAUAUGAAACCACUCAACAAUAAAAUUGUUGACAACCCAGAGUUCUGUCACUGCCCUAGAGACUGGGAAUCAGGGUUAAGGAGACCUGCUGUUAUUGUGCUGUUGGGCAGACUCCGCUGCUCGGUGCAUGGAUAUCUGACUUUGCGGUGGGGUUCGGUGGGAGGAUUCCAUCAGCCCUCUGGGCUGGGUUACACCACAGUGGGUGGAAGCAGCCGUCCUCUGAGUGCAGGCUUGUCUCUUCUUCCAUUUCCUGUUGAUGUACUACUCUAGGACACUCAUUACUCUGUUACACUCACACUGUUACACUCAUUACUCUAGGGCACUUACACUGUAAGAUACUUACUACUCUGAGACAUUGACUACUCUACUACACUCAUACUCUAGGACACUCACUAUUCUAUUACACUCAUUACUCUAGGACACUUAUUACUCUGUUGCACUCAUUACUCUAUAACACUCAUGCUCUAGCAUAGUCAUUACUCUGUUGUACUCAUUACUCUAUUACACAUACUCUAGGAUAG